AAAGAGCAUAGAAAAGGUACGAAGAACAAAGAGAAAGACAGGCAUGCCGGGCUAUCACCGAAUAGGGACGCGUAGGGCAGAUACCCUCCACUUCAACACUUCCUCUUCGUCUCUCCGUCCGCCCUCUCUCUCUUCAGUAUCCCAAACCACUUCCCUGUCUUUCUCUCAUCCUCUUUGUCUUCUUCCUAUCCUCGUCCCUCAGUAUCUCUACAAAAACGAACGUGGGGCUCUCGCACACCAAAAAAUGUACUCAUUGGAAGCGGCGCUUGAGCCAAGCGGCUAGCUUAUCAAGCGGGUUUUUACGUUCCCUUUCGUCUUUCAACUGGUCUUAGAAAGGAAACAAGAUAUGGUAGGACAAGACAAGUAGGGAAGUUAGUGUUCUAAUCUUAUCUUUUUCCAUAGUCUUCUUACAGCACCCUGCCUCGUCCGAUCCAGGAAGUCAAGCUGAAGAGCGCUCGGUUAGUACCACGAUGGGGGACAACGGUGAGGGCGUUACUACGAAUUCCCUUAACAGCAAAUCUCGCUCACAAAGAGACGCUAGUGUGGCCAACCCAAUAAGCCCUCCGAGAACCCAAAAACAUAAAAGGGAGAGGAAAGAGACCUAUCAUUAUCUCCGCCAAUGAAUAUUGUCGCCCCUACAAUGGCGUCAAAUUCCUCAAUGCGCGACCUCCAUCGCAAUAUAGGACACUUACCUCCUUCUGCAAUUAUGCACUUGGCCAAGAAUGGCCUGUUAGGAGACGUCGAUCUAGAUGGAUUGCGCAAAGAUGUUUUUAAGACUGAGGAUUGCAAAGAUUGCAUGGAAGCGAAAGGGACUUCCGAAGCUAAGUCCAAUCCAAGUCCUCGGGGUGGCCCUGCUGGAGAGUCGGUCCACACUGAUAUAAACGGGCCCCUCCAGCACUCGGAAGCUGGAAUGUGUUACUCCCUCGGUGUUGUUGUCGGCAACGAGCAUAUCUACACGCACGCUCGGCCUAUUAUCCAUCGCUUUUGGUGGUCUCUGCUUAACCGCAAUUCUGCCACUCACAAGAUAUUCGACAUCCCAUUGUAUUGACGGAGUUCACUAGUCUAGUUCCUUAAUUAGAUAGAUGACUACGUGGUCUAUUUUCGGUCAGACUCUAUACCAUUAUUAAUAUUCCUUUUUUGUAACUUUCUGGUCUUUCUCAUCACUAUCUAGUACACUGUUCUACGAGACUGUUUGUACGAAGGUGCUAAGUAAAGACCAGUUCGACAGGUUAUGAGCCUUGCCUCCCGUCCCUGAAUUACUUCAUACCAGCACAAAAAUUCGUCCAGUUCUCGAGCAGCAAUACCAUGUCUGAGCCCAAGGAAGAAACGGCCUCGGCCAAGAUUUCUCCGCUUAUGGGGGAAGACAACUAUAGUGAUUGGAGUUUCGAUAUCCAAGCCUACCUCCUUGGACUCCGUCUUAUGUCCACUCUUCAUGAAACUCCUGUUCUUCAUAUCCCUGUCACAGUUCCUACCGGUGACCCCAACCAAUCUCCUCGAGUUCUCACUACUGAUGAGCUCAAUACCCUCAAUGCCAAAAUUCAAAACCAACACCGGGCCUACUCCAUCGUUAUUCGAUAUCUUUCUCCCCAAGUAAAGGCUGCCUUAUCGGCUGAGGCGAAAAAUCUUCUUGAACCAAAUCCCAAACUACUCUGGGAAGAGUUGAACCGAUCAUAUUCAAAAGCCACUGGACAUAGAGUUGGAGAACUUUACUCUAUUCUCUGGACCACUCGAAUUCCGGAAGGUGCCGAUCCCCGUCCCUACCUUGCAACCCUUCGCUCUGCACUAGCCCAACUGAAGCAGACACAGUCUGUUGAUGACCAACAGUGUGCAUAUGCCAUGUUACAUGCUCUACCGGCGAGCUUCCGCCCAAUCAAACAACUUCUGUGGGCUCAGACGAAGUUCUCCACUUCAGAUGUUAUUGCUCAGGUUUCUGGCAAGUGGGUCCGAGCCCAAGGAGAUGUCGCAGAGGAGGCCGGGAUGGCCCUAUUGGCACAGUCGAAAUCAACAGUGAAUAGUAAGAGAAGGAAAGAAAAAACGGGGGACGAUGCUGGGGAGAGUCAGUAUUGUAUCUGGCAUGGUCCAAAUAGACACUCAUCAAAGGACUGUUGGGUCGAACAACGUCAAAAAGAAAUCAAGGCAGGGAAGGUAGCCGAAGCUAAGCUAGCCGAGGCUGACACAUACGAGGCGGAUGCGUCAUCUGCCUAUUUGGCACAAACCACUGCACCCAACCUCUCUUCGCCCUCCACCACCUUUGUCAUCGACUCUGGCGCGACCGACCAUAUGGUCUCCGAUCCCUCCCUCCUGCACGACGUCCGCCAUGCCUCCACGGAACACAUUCGCAUCGGCGAUGGAUCCCUACUCCCGUCAACCCAAAGAGGCAGUAUCACCAUUCAAGGUGUUGACUUCCACAAUGUCUUAGUGGUCCCUGGUCUUGACCGGAACCUCCUCUCCGCUCGUAGAACGCCUACCGGUGCGCAGUGGCUUUUCACCCGACGGGCUGCUCUCCUGCUCGAUGCCUCUGGUAAAAUCCUCCUAGCCUCUGAUUUUUCCGACAAAGGGCUCUACACCCUUCAGAUUGGCAUUGUCGCCUAGGACAUCUCAACGUCCGAAGCGUGGCUAAGCUGGCUAGUUGUGGGUCCAGUCUUCAUGCAAUGCACUGAUCACCCAGCUAGAAAGACAGGCAUUUCCAACAGCUUUCUAUGCAUACAGCCUUGGCGCCGGCAGCCGAAAAAAAUGUAUGGUCUUUAGACCAUGAGAGAUUUCGAUGUGUUAUAGCUCAAGUACCAGGAGCAGUAGUCAUGAUCUGAAAUCAUGGAUCUGUUUCCACGCCUGGUGUGAGCAGGAGUAAGACUUUGAAGUUGACCUUGGGUGACAAAAAAAUGGGGUGGUGUCAGGAACCACCCAGGUGAGUAUGUGAUGUGAGAAGGAUGGUACCCCAUCCUGC